AUGACCUUUGAUUGUGACGUGAUAGUUGUUGGUGGCGGAGUGAUUGGACUAUCUUCUGCAUAUCGACUUUGCAAACGAGGACACAAGGUUAUCUUACUUGAGCAAGUAAGGGUUUUGGAAUACCUUGUUAAACGAGACGUAACUAUUGUUUUUUGUCACGUUUUGAAAAUUUUAGGCUUCGGAGACACAUAACUUAGCAGGUGGAUCUCAUGGUGAGUCUAGAAUCAUUCGUGUUAUUCACAAUGACCCUGUUCAUCUCCCAAUGGCCAUAGAAAGCUACAAACAAUGGAGAACACUUGAACAUGAAGUUGGAUCUAAACUUUUCGAGUACGAGCUGUUUAUGAUAAUAUAUGUGAUACAAUUUAAGAAUCUUACAUUGGUUGUAGAAAGACCUAUGGCUACACCCUUGCUUCUACAAAAAACCUUGAUAAUAUUUAACUUACCGUAACUUUCAGAAAUCAUGGUUUAUUAUGGUUGUCAGAUAAAGAAGGUGCUGAACGACGAGCCAAGCUACUACAACAACAUAAUGCUCCACAUCAAGUGUUGGACUCAAAAGAACUGAAAGAACGUUACUCACACUUUGAUUACAACGAUAACUGGUGGAGUGUACUUGACCACACAGCUGGUACUAUCUAUGCUAGGAAGUGUGUUGAGGCUCUUACGGUAGGCACUUUAAUCUAUAUAGAGUGACAUAUUGUUAUAGACGAGAUCAUAGCUUUUAAGGGGUUUAGGAACUGUUUAGGACAGAUUCAGCUUUUAAAUUGAAGUUAAUAUCUUAAAUUUCAAAAUGAAGACUUAUCUAAAGACAUACUUAUCAAUUUUGAGAAGUUUGAACAAGAUUAUAUUAAUGUUUCUACAUUUUUAGAACUACAUAACCUCUCACGGAGUAACGAUCAAGUACAAUCAGAAAGUGACCAAGUGGACUAGCCAAAACCAUCAAGUUACAGUAUCAACCACAACAAAUACUUUCACAGCCAAUUCUUUGGUCUUCGCUACUGGAGCAUGGCUAUCAACAGUAGUACCAAACCUGGCAGUAAAAGUAACACCAGGCCUAGUUGGAGUCUUUUUCUGGGACAUUGAGAAGGAAGGUCAAGGUCUAUAUAAUCCUCAAAACAAGGCUCCAAACUUGAUUAUCAGUGAUUUUGAAGAGAAGAAAGGGUUUUUCAUGAUUCCGGAGGGUGACUACAAGGACAAAGUCAAGUUUAUACAUAAUAUCGCUGAUGAUUUUGACAUUUUAAAAGAUAGACCUGUUCAUCUACUGGAGGAGCGUAAGAAGGCUGCUGCUGAACACAUUAAGAAGCAUUUUAAGCACAUUAAGACGACUCCGAGUAUUGAAACUACUUGUUUAUACGCAGUAAGUAUAGUUACUAUUUCUAUCAAAAUGCUAUAGUUGGCUUGUCUCUUGAUCUGGCUAAUAUUAGAUUCUAGCCUUCCUUACAGUUGCGUUAUCUUACCAACGUUGUCUCUAGAUGUUAUAAUAGCUUUCCAAUUCACAUAACCCUUUACAGAACACUGAUGAUCGUAGCUACCUAAUUGAUUACUAUCCCCAACAUCGUAAUGUUGUAUUGGCUGGAGGAUUUUGUGGCAGUGGUUUUAAGUUCGGACCGGUGGUUGGAGAAAUUGUGUCAGAUCUGGUUGAUAACAGAAAGUCUAAGUUUGAUAUCACCAGUUUUAGCCUUGAUCGUGACAAACACUAA